CUCUAGUCUAACUGCAGUUCCCGCCACAGCUGAUCUAAAUCGUUUUACAUGAGCUGCGAAAACUGUCUGUACCGUUUCAAACUGCUUAGCCAGACUGGUCUAGAGCAUUUAUAUUUUUCAAGAUUCGUGUGAUUAAAGAUAACUGAAACUAACCAAAAAGUAUUAUCUUCUCUUCAGAUCUUGAAUUAUUACUUUUGUAACUUGUAAGAUGAAACCGGUUACUGGUGCUGAAACAGUUACUUCUGAGGAUAAAGUUAGAAAAUCUUUACAUGAACUCCAGCCCUCAGCUAUUGAUAAGGAAACUUUAGUUGGUGCUGAUAGAAUGAUCAAAUCUACUCAACAAACAAAAGAAGCAAAAUCAAAAAAAAAUGUACCUACAAAAAAGAAAAAAGAUACUUCUAAAAAUCAAGUGAAAGUGACAACCAGUAACAAAGCUAUUCAAACUGUGAAAGAGGAAAAGGGAGAAAUUGACGCUGAGGAUCUAAUAUGCACAGAUAUAGCUGGUCCAAGUGAAAAUUACUGGCAAGUAUUAGCUGAAAGAAGGCGAUUAGCGCUUAAGGAUACUUUAGAAGAAAAUAAAGAACUUGCAAAACGUAAUGAAAAGUUAGAAGAAGAAAGUCGUAUUUAUAAACUAAUGUUGGAUGAAGCAAGAGCUCUUAUUGAAGUGUUACAGGAGAUGAUGGGAGAUGACAGAAACGAUAUAAAUAAUUCAUUAGAAGACAGUGUCCUUUAAUUUACGAGUUGAUUUCUUAAAGUUAUAACGGAGGUCAAAAAUUUCUAUAUAAAAAUGUUGAACGCAUCCAAACUCACAAAAGUCAAUAUUUUAAAUCAAAGGAUUCUUGAGUAAAUUGUGAAAAAGUAGGCUAUACAUACACACAUACUGUAUUCAAUAGUUCCACUAUUGAAAUUAUUAUUAUAACUAUUUCCAAACGUUAUAUCUUAGACAGAGAGAUACUAAA